AUGUCAGCCCACUUUGCCGAUGCUCCUGUACGUGUGUUUGACAAUGUGGAUUCCUACCGAGCGUGGCGGCAAACGAUCUUGCGCACACAUGCAAGUGUGGGAUUUGUUCCGACCAUGGGCGCUCUGCAUGAGGGACAUUUGCGGCUUGUAGACCGCUCGUUGUGUGACAACGACUAUACAAUUGUCUCCAUCUUCGUUAACCCUGCACAGUUCGCACCACAUGAAGAUCUUUCUGUGUACCCACGCACGACUCGAAGCGAUAUUGAACAGCUGGGUAUUCGCGAGGGUGCGCUCCAAAAGCACGGGCGUCUCAUGGUCCUGCUACCCCAGGUUCAAGACAUGUAUCCAAACGGUAUUACGCAAAAUGUCGAUGAUCAGAUUGGCGCGUUCAUUGAGGUCAAGGGGCUCUCGCACCAGAUGGAAGGAUCAACACGGCCUACGUUCUUCCGCGGCGUUGCUACGGUCGUGACCAAGCUGUUUAACAUAGUCAUGCCGGACCGAGCGUACUUCGGACAGAAAGACAUCCAGCAAGCGAUUGUGAUCCGCCGUCUAGUGGAUGACCUCCUUUUCAUGUUUCCCCAUGGGUCGCGCAAUGUGCAUGUGUUGCCGACCGUUCGUGAUCCGCAAGACCAACUAGCACUGAGCAGUCGCAACAAGUACCUGGAUGCACAAGGUCGUCAUGUAGCACCUGUUCUGUAUGCUGCGCUGAAAAAGGGCCAAGGUGUGUGGGAUGAUCUUGCCACGAAAAAUGUGGCACCCGCGGACCGCUUGAGCCCGACACUUGAGGCUGUGCAAACACAUUUAAGCGCUCACGCAAAGCUUGCGGAUGGGGACCACGAAGCACGCGCUGAGCUCGACUAUGUCGCCUUGAACCAUCCGUCGACUCUUGAUCCGCUGACGCCUGCGAAUGCUAGCGCAGAGGGCGCCAUCCUCAGCGGCGCGAUUUAUGUGUACAACCGAGCUACGGACCCCAGUCCAGCAGCGCGUCUUAUUGACAAUGUGCUACUUGGCUUUACAUUGAACUAA